CAGAGGUGACAGCGACUCGGAGAAGUGACACAAUGUCCAUUUAGUGACAUUUUUCGUGUGCCUUGUACGAUCCAAUAGACUCAAUGACGCUUCCAACGCCAAUCUGCAGGGAUUCCCUGCGUCCACCGCUUGUGUGAGGGACGCCGCAGGCACCAGCAGGCCCACCGCUCGUCUCCGCCUCUCCGGUGGAGGACGCCGGAUCUUCUUUUUUAAAUUUUUUAACAACAAAACAAAGGCCUCUGCUCUCCUGUCAUGCAAGUUCUGAAGGACAACUUCUUCUACCACUCUAACGCAAGGCUAGGGGCCGAUGGGGGCCCGGAGGACGAGAAGCUGCUCCUGCAGGAGGAGCAGAAGUUGUGUCGAGCCAGAGCCCGCAGAUUCUCCCAUGAAACCAAUCGACGCAGACAGGCGUUGGAGGAGAGGCAGAAGCAGUGGCGGCUGCAGGAGGAGCGUCUCAGGGACGCCAUCUUGCAGCAGCGACAUCAUAAGGUGCAGGAGGCCACCGAGAGGUUCCAGAGGGCCCACCUCCCCCCGUCCCAGAGGAGGACCUACCUCCCCCUUGGCCUGUGGAGGACCGGGCCCAACAUGGAGGAAGCUCUGCACCAGAUCCAGUACAGCAGCGGCUCCUUCGGCUGUCAGUCCGCCCCGGUGGCCAGCACCAGGAGCUACACCCCCUCCCUGAAGCCCACCGCUGGGACGACCUCGCGCUCCCAACGCGGGCUCUCCGCUGUGGAGGCCUACAGCAAGCUGCUCCUGGAACCCCGCAAGCACCUCCUCAAGAGCCACCAGCACCUCCUCCACAAACCCCCCCCGGAGGCCAAGCAGGAGCAGGGGGAGCAGCAGGCACGGCAGGGGGCUAUCAGCCCGUCGGAACGUAUGCACCACACCAACUGCUCCGGGAGCCUGUCGAGUUUGGACAGCCUGGAGAACGAGGACCUCGACCGCCCCUCCCCGUCGGCCCAGAAUCGGGGACCGUGGGCGUCCUCCUUCUCGCUGGACCCCAAGGGCGGUCAGGCAGCCGCGCAACCAAUCCAAAAUGGCGGCAGCCCGCGUCACAGCGGCAGGUCCGGCGAGACGCUCCGCAGGGCGGAGGACGGCCGUUCUUACGUCGGCGUGCAGGAAGGGUCCUCUAACCGUAGAGGGGCCACGCCCCCUCCCGGACGCUGCGCCCUCUUAACGCUGUGCGAAACCAUCGCCGCCGCGGAGAGCCGGCGUAGCGAGGUCGACGUCACCACGGUAACCACCAACAGCGCCGCCGCCGCCGGCUGGAGGCCCGAUAGUUACUUUUUGGAACGGGAGGAACGGUCUGACCUCGGUCCCCGCGGCGACCGCGACGCAGCGUCCAAACCUCCCUUAGCGACGCAUCUCUUUUUUCCCGCCGAAAAGCUCACAAAGUCCCAUGAGGCGCCGCGCGAGCCGAUCUGUGAGCCCGACGACGACGGGAAGUCUCACGCCACCAACCGACAAGCAGCGAGCGGCCACGGCAGCCGCGUGCUCGAGGAGAACAGCUCACUCCAGGACCUCAUUGCCAACCUAAACACGUUCUCCAACGACUGGACCAGGGCGGAGAGCUUCAAGGACACCCGGACCCUGCAGCAGGAGAGCUCAUCCCAACUCCUGCUGGACAUGUCCAGACACCAGGGAGCCCCUAACACCGCUAACAGCGCUAACAGAGCUAACACCGCUUACAGAGCUAACAACGUCAACGGCGCCGACAGUGCUAACGCCGCCGACACCACUAACGACGCUAACGGCAUGAACAGCGCUAACAACGCUAACAGCAUGAACAGCGCUAACGCUAACACCGCUGGGAUCUCGUUCCAAGCGGACCCCAGCGCGUCGCACCAGGUUCGGUUUGUCAAAGGGAUCCUCAAGAAGCAGUCCAAGUACGCCCCGCCCCCCCGAAGCCCCUCGGGCGGCCUGGGGAAGCUGGUUUUUGCCAAACAGGUGGCAAAGUCGAUCCGGGACAGCAUGGAGCUGGCGAGGGGGAGGUGCAGGACCCAAGAGGGCGUGGCCGCCCAGGCGGUGAGGAAGAAGAUCCGCUGGCUGGACGAGGCGGACCGAUUGCCCCAGAACUACGACAACGCCACCGCCAACGCCACCGCCACGCGGAGACAGGAACAGACCGCGGACACUCCCGGCCUCCAGGACCCCGGCGGGUUCUACGCCAGGCCCCCGGACCUCCAGAGGGGCCCCUGCCCUGCGGCUGCCCCGGGCCCCUCCUCAGUCUCGGAGGCGGAUCUCACCAGGCUGGCGUGGGCCGACGCAGGGGUGCAGGUCGGCGUGCGGGAGGUCAGGGGGGCCCCGCGGGGACAGAACCCCCCCGCGCGGCCGGCCGGCCCCCGGGCCCCCAGGAGGGACCGCCCCGGCGGCAGGGCCCCAGUGGCUCCCGCCGCGCGGCGGGUCAGGAAGGGCUCGCUGAUGCGGCCCCAGUCCGCCGCGGAGGCCGGCUGGGGCGGGCGGGCCCCGGGGAGGGUGCUGAUGCCACGCCCGCCGUCCAGGGCCGAGGAGGCGGCGGCGGCGGCGCGGGGCCCCGGCCGGACGCCCUACGGUGCGGAGCGGACCUUUAAGCCCGCGCCCCCCAUCGGGGACCAGGCCCCCGGGGGCCCCGGCAGGAACGGCGACGGCGGCGGCGGCGAGCUCAGGUUCAACUUCGCCGAGGGCCCGCCCCCACAGAGCCUUCAGCAGGGGCCCAGGGCCGGCUCUGCGAGGAGGGCCGCGGGGGGCCCGGAGAGGGGGCUGGGGCUCCACUGUACCCCCACAGACGAGGAGAUCUCCAGGCUCUGGCACGGGGUGCGCAGUGCCUUGGCCACCAGGGAAGCGGCCAGGAACCAGGUGAAGUGGCAGAACCUGGAGGCCUCUGGGGGAGCGGUAGCACUGGGGCCCAGGCAGGCGGCGGUGAGGCCAGGCAGACAGGCCCCUGGCUCCUUGAAACCGUCCAAGGAGCUUGUCGCGUCCUUCCUCUAUAACCGGGAUGUGUGGCCUACAGAUGAAGGUGCUGAAUCUCCCACAACAGAACAACAUCACGCCAAGGUCGCGGGCUCCAUGGCAACCACCCAAACAUGGAGAUCACCACUCCCAGGUGGGGCCCCUCAUAGCUCCUCAUCGACGACCCUCUCUCUUGAGGAGCAGAGGAUCCUGCAGUCCUUGGACCGACUUAACCUCCAGCUCCACGGCAUUGAGGAGCAGGAAGAGGCAGAUCCCAGGGGGCCGAUGGCGCUCAACAUGGCGGCAAUCAGGGAUCAAGGCAAGGCCUUGACCAAUCACAAACAGACCCUGUUUUCUGUGAACGGCCGCACCCACAACCACAGGAGGUUCUGACGUUGGGGGAGGGAGGUCCGGGAUUGGGAUCCUGGUCGAUUCUUUCUAUAUAUCCUACCAUGGGACUUCUCUCCGACGCCCUCCUUCAGUCUGUCCCUUCUCUCCUUACUCACCAAGCACUUUACGACCCCACCAGUCCUUGCUCCGAGCAGUUCAGGGCAAAGCCUGUCUCCAAAGAACUGACCGCUGUGCACAGCUUCCUCCGUAGCACAUAGCUGAACAACAACUCCCCACAAACAAGAAUAAAUGAUUCAUGAUUUCAUUCUAGUUAUUUUUCAUAUUAAGUGCACAGAGAUAUAAGAUCUGGCUAUGAAUGCAUCUACCUAUUUUAGAUGUGUCAUUUCGUUGUUCCGUUUUGCUUAAAGCAGAUGGGAAAUAUUAAUCAAUAAUUGAUAUUAAUCUUAACGUUAUCUAAACGCGAGUGAGACCUCAGGAUACCUGAAGUGUGUGUGUGAGUUUUCCAUGCUGUAACGUGUGGAUGCCAUUAAAACUGAUAGCGGGUGUGUAAAAGCAAUCUGGGUUUCGUAUAGUUUGAGAUCUUUAUCUUAACCCUCAGUAAUGUUAAUUACCGGAGCGUUAGACUGCCUCUUUGGUUCACUUAGUGCAUCUAGUUUACAGGAAGAUCAUUUCUAUUUUUAUAAAUAUGUCUAUAUUAAAAUAUAUAUAUAAUAUAACAUGCAGCUUCUUCAUGCUUUAUACAUCUUGAAUAAA